AUUUUCUUUUAUUCUUUCAAUGCAUUCAGAUCAUCAGCGUAGACAGUUUAAAGCAGACCGGUCGAAGGGCAAGUACACAAGAGGUGUACCGCCAUCUCCGCAGUCAGAUACCUCCCUCUGUAACCAAGGAACAGCUCUCCCCGCCCCCACACUGGUCCCACUACAAGACGCUCUCCGUCGUCAUGGAAACCAACAACAAACGCCAGAACCGCUUCAUCCAAGUGCAGUCGCCCCCCUCCAUCUAUCCACCGGACAACGUUCUCCUGAUUGAGUACGAAUGCCUGCCAGGCGAGACGGCCGCCGUUGAAGUCGAGGUGUGGACGGUCUACAACCAACGCUUGCGCACAGUCAGACACGACUGGAAGUGCAGUGAGCACUCCAAACACUUGCGGAAAGUCUUUCAAACGUUACAGCUACCCGACGGCGUCGUAUAUCAACCGGACUACUUGAACCGGGAUGUCCAGAUCAUCGAAAGGAUUGAAUUGUCUGUAUGGAUAUUAAGCACGGACCUUGUCAGGUCAAGGAGGAGAGGGUAUUAUGAGGCGGCCACCGCGAAAGCGAGGUACAGCGUGCAGGUUCUGUCCACGUAUGCCAGGCCGAGGAAGAGACAUCACAGCAUCGGGUGCUUGACCUGGGAAGCAGAGAUGAUGCUGAGACACAGCCGACGGUGGAAUGGAAUCCUACAGUGCAAUAGAGAAAAGGAGGUCAUUGACCUAAUGACCUUCCCCGUAGCCCUCCACAACGGAUUACACGGUCUUUCAAGAAACAUCCCUCCGUAUAAAGAACCAGGCCUGAGACAGCUCAUGGAUGCCAAUAUCAAUAACCCCAAGUUUACGAUAUCUGCAUACAUCUACAUCACCGAAUACUGCAAGCAUUCCAUGUGUAGCCUCAUUCAUCGCAAGACACAGUACACCAAUAGAUAUGUUACUCCCCUUAUCUUCUUAAGAAACGAUGGUCAUGUAUUUGUUCAGAUAGAGGAUGAGAAGAAGUCGUACAUGAGCAUGAUCAACAAGAUCAAACUACCCCUCAAAGAAUGGCUGCACAUGGUCUAUGUUCAGGAUGGCAGAAAGUGGUCGGUCCAGUUCUACACACAGUCCUCGCCCACGUCCACCCAUCUCAUCGGGAGGAGUGCGUUUGCAAACGACGUCCACUAUAACGAGACCGAGGCUUUCUAUCACGUUGGCGGCAGCAGUGCAGUCAGGUCGUUCAGCGGGUUCAUGCUGGAAGCUAAACUUUGGAGGCGCCAGGCUCUAGACCCUACUAAAGUACCCAUGACUCCCGUUGAUAAGCUCAAUUAUACGACUGGCAUCUCAAAGUACUACCGGGAAUGUGAUCGCCUGCACGUAUCCAUGGAAAUGGUCUUUAACAACUUCAAGCUCAAGCACCAGGACAAGCUCAAGAAGAUGACUUGUCCGAGCAUUCAUCCAUUCCUUGCCAACAACCUUGCUGCUGAAGAGCCACCACACUUACAACCUUCCUGCAAUUCAUGGCAGCAACCUGCACCCAAGAGACAACUCAAACUGUGGAGGUUGCUGAAACAAAGUGCUGCCGUCAACAACAGCUACGCUGCAACACACGAGUGGAUUGGGCACCAACUAUAUCAGCAUGUUCUAGAAAGGCUGCAUACUAAAGGCCUUGGAGGUAUGCAAGCAAAUAUACCAUGGCUUAGACAAGCUAGUUGCUAUGGUAACAUGGAUGCUGCAGGUUUCCUAGCAACAGUAUACAACGCAGGACUGGGAGUACAGACCAAUGAGUCUAUGGCUUUAAUCUACUGGCUGGCAGCAGCGCAAGGUGGUAGUCGUCUAGCAAUGAUAGCCCUAGCUAACAAACAUCACCAAGGUGUCGAUGAAGUCCCUGUCGACAUGGACUAUGCAUUCAAUUAUUAUUACCAGAUUGCACUGGAAACAGUUUUGGACAGAACCAAGCAUACAGAAAGUGAUACUUUCUUUGAAGCGAUAAGGCUGACCGAUGAACAGCAGCUCCAAACCCAGACCGGUGAGACGGGAGACUACUUUAAAUGGCUUAAAUACCAAGCCAAACAAGGCGUUGCAGAUGCACAGAUCAAUCUAGCUCGCAUGUAUUACCAUGGUACCGCUGGGGUUCAGAGAGACAUGGCAGCCGCAGCCCAGCUCUAUCGCCUCAAUGCUGAACAAAACCCCGCCGAUCCCAUUGCCCAGUAUGACUAUGCUGUACUUCAUCUCAGGGGUCAAGGAGUGGAGAAGGACGAGGAGAAAGGGAUGGACUACCUCAACAAAUCAGCUGCGUUGGGUCAUGCUCCAGCAUACACCGCCCUCGGCUGGUACAAGUUGAACUUUGACCAAGACGAUACGGCGGCUGCGUACUACUUUGAGAAGGGCGAUGCAUUGGGGCACAGGGAUGCCGCUCAUAACCUGGGCUUCAUGUAUCUGUUUGGAAGAUACCCUGGACAGCCAGUAGACAGGAUGAAAGCAUUUGAGUACUACUUGAAGGCAGCAAAGGCCGACCAUUGGGAUUCAGGUGUGAAGGUCGCUGAACUCUACAACCAAGGCAACGAACAGAUGGCGAGAGAUACUUUCAUGGCUGCUGCAUGGGCUCGGUAUGUGGCGGAGAAGAACCGAGAUGUAGCCUGGGUCCUGCGCUGGGGUCUAGAUGCCUACCUAAAGGGUUCCUGGUCCGAGAGCCUGGUCUACUAUGCCAUGGCGGCUGAGGCUGGUCUAGAAGUGGGCCAGUUCAAUCUAGCCUACCUGUGUGAAGAGAAUUAUGAUGGUAUUGCUGAGAGAUAUGUAGACAAAGACUGUGCUUGGAAAUACUGGAAACUAGCUGCUGGUUCAACUCGUCCCCAUCUUACAUCGAUCCUAAGAGUUGCUGACUACCACUGGUAUGGCUACAACAAUGUGUCUGAUCAAGAGAAAGCAGUCCAGUAUUACAUCCAAGCUGCACAAACAAAGCAACCUCAUGCUAUGUUCAAUUUAGCUAAUAUACUUGAAAACGGUGCCAAAGUGAAGAACGAAGUUUUGGAGCGGCUCGGCGUAUCAUCCCACGUCUUCAAGAGCAAGAAUAACUUGGCAAAGGUCCUGGAGCUGUAUCGCAUGUGUCGAGAUAGCUCAGAGGAUGGUUAUUUUCCAUGUGGAUUAGCCCUCCUCAACCUACAGCUCAGACAGGCGUGGAAGGAGCACAACUUCUCUAUACAGGUGGCCAGUGGAGUUAUGGUUGGUCUUCUGACAUUUUAUGCUGCAGCAGCAACAUUCCUUGGAUACCUCGGAGGUGGCAACAUACCCAAAAACAUCAACAACAACAAUAGCAACAACAACUCUGAUGCUUCCACAGAAACCUCCACAGACCAGCAACAAGGAUCUGAAUCUGAUCAACUGCUUGCAACUCAAGUUUCGCUUCUAAGUGUUGCUACAACAGGUACUACUUCUACCACAACAUCGACAUCUCUGUCGUCGACACAAGAUAUUGAACAGGAGCCUGCAACAUUGGAUGCUCAUUCGUCUUGAUUUGGAAGGCAAGGUUGCAACAUCAGCAAUAUCACUGAAAUAGUACCUACCACACCUUCCACUUUGCCAUCCACAAUGUAAUCACAUUCAAUAAGUAUUAUAAUUUUUUCUUUUAUUACACUGUGCAAUAUGAUUGAUUCAUUGACUUAACAAUUGUGUAUCAAUAAUAGAAUAUCUCGUAGUCUACUAUAUGGCCCACAGCACACUAUAUUCAUAUGAUUCAACUACGAUCCAAGUUUGAAAGAAUUGUGUCAUUUAGUAUAGAAAUUUCCAUGAUAAAUUCUUGCUGAUUGAGGUUCACAUUGGUCAUGUGAAUUGUAAUAAUUUAUAAUGUGCGGUAUGGUCACUUCAAGAAAAAGUCAAAUCUUAAGACUCUCUCAAAUUUGAAGCCAAUUGGGAAUUUUCUCCAACUGAAAUACCCCCAAAACCAUGCAUUUUCUUAUUUAUUAUUUGAAUGACCAAUAUCAUCCCCAAUCAUGAAGGUUAAAGGUCACAUACUAGCCAUUUGGUUGAAUUACCACUCAAUUUGAACACAGGUCUCUCAGGGGCUGAACCUGUUGUCCCACCAGAAAAUACUCCAGCUUGCCUUCAUAACUCAAGGUUGAGGGAAGUUAUAUCAUGAUGAGAAUUCCUUAGACAAGACAUGUCUGUCAUUAAAGUGAAGUCCACUCUUGGUGACUGACAGCACCCUUCGGUACACACCGAAUGGUGUCAAAUUCCCCAUGAGAACCCACUAUUAUGAGCCUUUAAACUGUUAGAACCUAGUUAUGUUGCCAUUCCUCCUAAAGUAUUAUCAUGGCUGUCAGAUCAUGAUGUGUGUUGUGGGUUUAUGAUGUGACCUUACAUGAAAAUAUACUUACGAUACAUGCAUUGAAGAAUGUUAUAGAAUUGUUUUGUUAUCUCUCCAGUUAUAUGUUUUAUAUUCAAAUCAUGAGUAUUACUGAAUCGUUAAUUUAUUGAAAGUGUGUUAUUACCACCUCCUUCCAUUGCUAAGUCAAUAUAAUUGGGUUGAAUUAUGCUUGUGUGUUGUGACUAUUUUCUUUAUAACCAAUAGUGAUCUGCUUUAUCUGUACUUAACAACUUCACUAUGGCAUAAUUCGCAAUAUAAUCUUCAUUUCAUGAUGAGUAUUAAAUUUAGGGGUGCUUAAUUCUGCGAAAAUAAGAAAGAAAAAAAAUAUAAAGUGCUCAAACAUUUAGAUUUUUAUUCACACCUGAUAUACAGUCAAACCUGUCUAUAGCGACCACCCAAGGGAAACACAAAAAGU